AUGGACGGCCACGAACACUGGCAGAAUGAACGCUGCCGCUCUCACUGCCUCGGUCCACAAGGCCGUAAUGCAGCGGGCACACCGGGUCAAGAUAUACAGCAUAACUACUUAUAUGAUCAACUCGACCCGCUCUCCCCUGAGCAGGAGCGAGUUGGACGUGAAGAAGGAAAUGAAGCUCCAGGUCAGCACCCAGGUUUCGGAAUUGAUGAUUCAAGUCCGCACAACCAGUUUGAUUCACGUUCGCGCCCACGGACCUCCCUGCAGCAUCACUCCUCCUAUCAGCAUCUCAACUAUCAAAUGAACUCCCAAGAAUUCUCCCACCACAACUCACCGGUGAUGGGUAUGUCCCAGCACCAGCCCCAGCCACCGUCAAGUGGUUGGUUGGACCCAAAUAUACACAUCGAAUCUCAACUUCGUGAGCUCAACAGUCCUACGAAUACUGGCUCUGAGAGUUCGCUUGGUCCUCGUGGCCACUUCACUUCCACCCCUUCUCAUCGUCCACCUUGCCAAGGAGGCGGUAGCUGUCACCACUGCUUCCACCCCGGUCAACAGUCCGGAUUCCCGAGUACCGGCGUAUCUGUCAGUGAAGGAUUUUCGCCUGUUGUUCGGAGUUCUGGACAAGCACAGGAGUUCGAUCUACCCUCAGAUUAUGAAUAUCUCAAUAAUGGUGACCAUGGAUUCAGGAUCACUACCGGAGGAAACUCUUCCUGUGCUCAUCACCGGAUUACUCAUAGAAGAGAAAGCGCUGCACAGGAACCGGUUGGACAGCUCGAACUCUUGCAAAAUGACUUACCGGCUAGUGAGGGUUUAUCACUACUGCCGAGUCAUGAUUCACUUCAAUCUUUCGGUGUGUCAGACGGAGCCUUGCCACCAGAGCCUGCGGAUCCAUAUCUAGGAGGGGCCGCCUCGCAGCAGUCUCAACCUGCCCAUGGCGCCACGGUUCACCACCCCUGGGAGAUGUCUCCCUGGCUAGAGCGAAUCGACCGGCUAUAUGGGGCCCUAGUACAAUGCCAACGCUCUGAUACUCCGCCCGGCACGCCGCCAGCGAGCUCUGUUGGUGGUCUUCCCAUUGCUCCAACAGUUCCGCGCGAGUAUACGAACGAUUGGGACGUGGCGAUCACCCACCGCCGUGAAGUAACCACCGAGCCCGCGGUCAGGCCCGAGAAAGAUCCCACGAUCUCACAAGUUCUCAAAAACGCUGAGUAUUGGGUUGGCCAGCUGUAUUCGGCGUUCAGGAAUACACACAAAUGCCUAGAUAAGGUGAACUCUCAUGAUGUGAAGAAGUUCGAUAGAGAGAACUUUUACCGAAUCCACCCAAAGGUCGAGGCUGUUUGUAGGGAGAUAUUUGUUGCGCUGAUCUCGCGUGUCACGCGUGGAUUCAGACAAGGUACCCGAACUCGCAACGAUGCGGAGGACCCCGACGCUUCCUGCAUCAAGGAUCGGGAUGGCUCCUGCCGCGAGCGAAUCCAGAACGUGGUCGUCGUGUUGAAGUACGAUAAGCGUAUUUGUCGCGACGCGAUGAAAGACUUUAGUAAGAUUGAGGAGUUAGUCAAUGCUCCACUGUCCGUUGCUCGUAUUAAACAGGGCAACGCUGCCAAUAACAGCAAGAGGACCCUACUAGGCCAAGACAACCAGGAGCUUAAAGCCAAACUGGCAGCCUUGGAACAAACUCAGACCGAGAGUACUCCACCUAGCUCCACACCAGUUGGUACUCCAGCUGCUACUCAAAGCACUCCGGCACAUCGCUCGUCUAAAAAGAAACUCGCUCAAGGAGGGCCUGGGACGAGCUCACCGGCGGCGGGAAGUACCAUCCGCCGCGCUACUCCAGCUACAGAGGCGCAACUUACCUCCGCUGGGGAGUCUUCAGGGUCGCCAACUAAUAAUGCCUGUCAAACUGUUACUCCAGCCAGUCCGGUCGAUCCCCGCUUGCUCCGAGCUGGAAUUCCUCCGGGCAGGUUUUUCUCUCAGGCACCACGGCUUCCACCAGCUGGCUUCCAGCACCGGAAUCUGACGGGUACACCGUCUGGAGGGUCGCGAGCUCCCAUGCCACAACCCCCAAUUCCGCCAGCACCAGCGAGGAUCGCCAGCGUGUACCCCCAGCCAGAACCAUUCGAUUCCCCAGGCUUUCUGAACCGAUCAGCUUCGCAAACUGCAUCACACUUUAGAAACCAGGGAUCCGCUGUUUACCAGAAAGUUUCCUCUGCACAAAGCCAAGCGUAUAUAGGACAAGGGCAAGAUUUCACUGGUCAGAUGCAACCCUACAUCCGCAGUGGCCAAGUCUAUACCACCCCAGGUAAGGGUUUUUCGGCUGAGAGGAAGCGCCCACGCGAGCAGAAAGAGUCUGAGGCUCCAGAUGAAAGUCCUAAUAAUAAGCGGACCAAGAACGAUAAGGGACGAGACGACGCUCAGGACGAAUUAGACGGCGACGCGGAGUACGAAGAAGAGAAUGGAGAGGAUUCAGGCGAUUUCAACUGCAAUUUCAACUGGCCAUGA